AUGGAGGCUCCAGUUAGCAGGGAGCAGGAAGCCGGGUAUUAUUUGAAAAGCCACCGGAUCCUGGAUCUGCUGAACCACCUCACCAGCGUCCUCCUCUUUGUCAGGCCAGAAAACCCAAGAGAAUAUUUAAUCUCUGUGUUGGAAUGUAUGAGAAUUGCUAAAGAAACAAAUGUAGCUUUUCCUUACUUUAUGGAUAACUCUAACAUCACGGCCAUGUUUGAGAUGCUGGACAAUUCAGGCAAAGGCACCAUAUCAUUUGUACAAUACAAAGAAGCACUAAAAACCCUGGGUCUAUGUGAUGCAGAUGAAGAUUUAAAGGAUGAUGGACAUAUAAUAAAUCUGAAUAGGUUCAAGGAGGAAGUGAACAAGAGGACUCGGGAAAUAUGGUCAUCAUUUUGGUAAUACCAUGAAUUCAAGAUAAUAAAUGAUUCAGUAAAGUU